AUGAGGCCUACGAACAUCAAAAUCAUCCGAGAGCGACUUCGCCGAAAUCCAUAUCAAACUCAGAAGAAACUCGCUCUGCAGACUAAUAUUUCGCACGUUUCAGUGAACAGAAUACUGAAAUAUGAUCGUAAGGUAAACGCCUAUAGUCGUAGAAAAGUUCACUUUUCAAACGAUCGUCUUUGUAAGUUACGACGCGAACGUUGUCUGAUACGUUAUUUCACAGUAAGAAUGGGGCUUUUCAGCAAGACUCGACGUCAUCCCAUGAGGCAAAAACCCACCAAUUAUUUCAUCUCAAAACUUAUGA